GUUAUAGUACCGGAAAUAACGCGACAUAUACAACGCUGGGAGUAGCACACGUGGGUUCAGUAGUUCAUCAGAGUAAUGUGGUGUAGUUUAUUUAAUUAACAGAUAUGUCGAAGAGGACGAAAGCCAUGUCAGAAGCGGCAAGAGAAGAAGAUCUGAUCAAGGAUCCUCCACCGGAGACCAGACGGACCCGCAGCGGCCGCGCUGUGCGAACUCCUGCGGCACUGGUGAACUCUGAAGCCCCGGUGAGGACUCCCAGCCGGAGGACCAGGAGGUCUGUUCUCCUGGAGGUGCAGGAGAAAAUCAAAGAGGAGCCAGAGAAGAAACAAGAGAGUCUGGCCGAGGAAGAGUCCGUGAUGUCGACCGACCCGGAGCCCUGCACCGUGACAGAACCAGAGGAACCAGCGAAGCCAGCAGAGCCUCAGACUGAAGCAGCAACAGCGGAUACAGAUAAGGCCGAAGUUAAUGGUUCUCCGCCCAUGCCUGCAGCGGCAGAAAAGGUACCUGCAAGUUCAGAGACCAUCCCAAAGAAGAAACGUCGUACGGCUCCAAGUGUCAAACAAAACCCGGUGAUCCCUCUGGGAAAACCCAAGUCAGGAAGAGUAUGGAAGGACCGCAACAAGCAGAGAUUCUCUGCGUUGGUCAGAGACAAACCGCUGUGCUCCUCUUGGGAAAAGAAGAUGCAGGCCAAGCGGGAGAAGGAUCUCGUGAAAAAGUAUUCCCAACAGCUCAAAGAUGAGAAGAUUAGACAGAAAGAGGAAAAGAGAAAAAGAAGAGAAGAAAACCUGAGACGGCGUGCAGAGAACGAGCGCAAAGCUGAGAUCGUUCAAGUGAUCCGGAACACGUCAAAGAUCAAGAGGAUGAAGAAGAAGCAGCUGAGGAGAAUUGAGAAGAGGGACACGCUCGCUCUGCUGCAGAAGACACAGAAGCAGAAAGUCAAAACCAAAGCGCAAAAAAACGCAGAGCCGGAUUUCACUUAAAGACUGUCUGACAAUAAAACACACAUCUGCUCAGUC